CCGCCCCGGGCGGCGGGCAUGGGCAGCUCCCGCCUCCCUGGCUCAGUUGAUGCCUCCCCUCGGGAGUGGGAGCCCAGUCUCCAGGGCAGCGGCGGUGGCGGCAGCUCUUGAAGCCGGGAGCGGAGAGCGCCGCCCUCCUUCCUUCCUCCCUCCCGUCCCCUCCUCUUCUCCAGUCCCUUCCCGUCCCCUCCAGUCCCGUCCCGUCCCUUCCGAGCCGCCGCCGUCCAGUGUCCCGCGGCUGGCCGCUGCCGCCCUUCGCUCCAGAGCCGACCCCAUGGCGUCCUCCGCCGGGUCCCCGCAGCAGUCAGAGCGAAGGCUCUGGGGUUGGGGCCGUCGGGCCAGCGGGCCCCUGGGACUCAACCUCAGCCCCAAGGCCUCCUUCCCCUCGGAGCUCGCCGAGGUGAACCCGGUGGCCGGAGCGCUCUACGCGCCUAUCCCCGCGCCAGGGCCCGGCCCUCCCCCUGCGGCAGCGCAGGGGCCCCGGGGUACCCCGGCCCCGCCAUCACCGUCGCCAUCCCCGCCGCCCACCGUGAACCUGGAGCCGCGCAUGUCCAUCUACAGCGUGUGGCGGCCGCUGCUCACCCGCACCCACAUCCAGGGACGUGUCUACAACUUCCUCGAGAGACCGACGGGCUGGAAGUGCUUCCUGUACCACUUCACGGUCUUCCUCAUUGUUCUGAUUUGCCUCAUCUUCAGCGUGCUUUCCACCAUCGAGCAGUAUGUUGCUUUGGCCACCGGGACCCUCUUCUGGAUGGAAAUCGUGCUCGUGGCAUUUUUUGGGACGGAAUACGUGGUUCGCCUGUGGUCAGCGGGGUGCCGCAGCAAAUAUGUGGGGAUCUGGGGACGGCUGCGCUUUGCUAGGAAGCCCAUCUCCAUCAUCGACCUCAUCGUGGUGGUGGCCUCCAUGAUUGUACUCUGCGUGGGCUCCAAGGGGCAGGUCUUCGCAACGUCAGCCAUCAGGGGGAUUCGCUUCCUGCAGAUCCUACGGAUGCUACACGUUGACCGGCAGGGUGGAACGUGGCGACUCCUGGGCUCGGUGGUCUUCAUCCAUCGGCAGGAGCUGAUAACCACCUUGUACAUCGGGUUUCUGGGUCUAAUCUUCUCCUCCUACUUCGUGUAUUUGGCGGAAAAGGAUGCUGUGAAUGAGUCAGGCCAGAUUGAGUUUGGCAGCUACGCGGAUGCCCUGUGGUGGGGCGUGGUGACCGUCACCACCAUUGGCUACGGAGACAAGGUGCCGCAGACUUGGAUCGGGAAGACCAUCGCCUCCUGUUUCUCAGUCUUUGCCAUCUCGUUCUUCGCCCUCCCUGCGGGCAUUCUUGGUUCUGGCUUUGCCCUGAAGGUCCAGCAGAAACAGAGACAGAAGCAUUUCAACCGCCAGAUCCCAGCUGCGGCCUCCCUCAUUCAGACGGCCUGGAGAUGCUAUGCAGCUGAGAACCCUGAUUCUUCAACAUGGAAAAUUUACAUCCGAAAACCUGCCCGAAAUUAUCACCUGUUGUCACCCAGUCCCAAACCCAAGAAAUCUGUCAUGGUAAAGAAGAAAAAAUUCAAACCAGAGAAAGACAACGGGGUUGGUACUGGGGACAAAACAUUGACGGUGCCACACAUCACAUAUGAUCACGUAGCAGAGGAGAGGAAGUCAGAGCAGUUUUCCAUCGAUGGAUAUGAACAUUCCGUGAAGAAGAGCCCUUCGUCCCUGGAGGUGAACCCCGGCCGCUUCUUGAGGACCAACAGCUUUGCUGAGGACCUGGAUCUGGAAGGAGAGACCCUGCUGGCCCCAAUCACACACAUCUCCCAGCUGCGAGAACAUCACCGGGCCACCAUUAAGGUUCUCCGGCGCAUGCAGUAUUUCGUGGCCAAGAAGAAAUUCCAGCAAGCCAGGAAGCCUUAUGAUGUCCGCGAUGUCAUUGAGCAAUACUCUCAAGGUCAUCUCAACCUGAUGGUGCGCAUCAAGGAGCUCCAGAGAAGGCUAGACCAGUCAAUAGGAAAGCCUUCUCUUUUCAUCUCAGUCUCAGAGAAGAAUAAAGACCGAGGGAAUAACACGAUUGGAGCCCGGCUGAACAGGGUGGAAGACAAGGUGAUGCAGAUGGACCAGAAGCUUAACCUCAUCACAGACAUGCUACACCACCUGGUUGCCUUGCAGCAGGGGGAUCAGAGCGGUGGCGAUGGCAGCGGCGGUGGGAGGCCCUCCCAGAGGUCCAACUCGGAGAUGUUCCUAGGCAAUAAUUCCCUCCCUACCUAUGAACAGCUGACGGUUCCCAGGAGGAUGCCAGAGGAAGCAUCCUGAUGGAGGCUUCGGGCUCCGGGCCCCCAGGGUGGAGGCAGGCUGGGGGACAAUGUGAAGGAAGAGAACGGAGGUGAUUGAAAACCAAAGCCUGCCUCCCCCAUCCUUAUCCCUUCACCCGACUGGAGGAUGACAUGGCGGCUGAGAAAUGAGGGUGGCCUUGGCCUGAGCAGCGCUCCUUAGCCCGACAGCAAGGGCUGGGGCUCUGGGCAUCAUCACACCAAGAAUGGGCUGUCCUCACCCAGAGGGGAGCCAGAGAAUCAGCAGAGCCUCGUCCAUCUGAAAAGACCCGACCGGCCCGGGCUGGGGCAGAGCCGAGGAUGAGGCUGUCAGGGACCCAAGCUUCUCCUUCCAAAGGAGACUUGGAAUUCGCCCGGUGCCAUGCCCAGGCUCUCACCCUGUCUGUCUCUGUCUCUCACUCUCUCUCUCUCUCUGAGCCACGAGACAAUAGAACAGCAAGGAAGGCCGCUGAGGCAGGUGGCAGGGGUCCACUGCUUCCCUUGCCUGGCCUGCCCUCUUCUUCCCAUCCCGGGGCCCCAAAGAGAAGGCUACAGCUAGUAAUGCCGUCCUUCUCUGUUUUUCUUCAGGGAAAGCAGAAGGGGCCUAAUCAGAGGAGACUUUUAGAAUGUCCUGCUGUGAGGACCAGGAAAGGCCAGCUCCUCUCUAGAGACAAGAACCUUGCUCAUGGCUUCCAGUGGUCUGAUGGUCUUCUGAGGAGCUACCGUGAGUGCCUUGUCUCAGAGAGCAAUCAAUAUCUCAUCAGUCCACACAAAUGACAAAAAUACGUGGAAAAUGCCCUCCUGGUAUUCCUCAUGAUGGCCUAGCCAAGGGAAUUGGCUUAGCCAGACCUUACCAACCGAAGGUUUCCUGCUGGAGAUUGUCCAACCUCCCAUCCCCCUUCGGGCUGUGGACAGGGCUAACCCCAGGUGGGCCUGGAUGAUCCCAAACCCAGCCCUGGGGACCCCUGCAGGCAGCAGGCCUGUGGGGCUUCCCCGCCAACUACACACUCACUUCAGGGGGUGCCUCUCCCCAGCACAUCCUCCCAGUGCUGACCUGAUCUGAUCUGACUGCUGCACAGUAAAUGAGGUCUAAAGGUAUGGAGACUGAGAGCUGGAAUAGGGAAUAUUUCUGGGCUUUAUGCUUCCUGGCAAUCAGAAUCAUUUUGUGAUGAUUUGGGGGUUUGUUUCUUAAUGAGGGUCACCAUGUAAUUUCAGGGUAUUAAUCUUCCAUUCAUUUCCUAAUAAAUGCAGAGUAUUCUGUGGUU